CCCGCCGGCAAAUUCCUAUCAACUAUGUUGACGUGCUAUCUUUGCUUAUCCUCCCUCUAAUUCUAUACCAAUACCAACACCACUAAGUCCAAUCACUCAAUAUGUCUCUGCAAUUGUCACCAUCACUCAUACUGAAGGCCACCUCAACCUGACCAACAGCACAGUGUUUUUCCAUGACUAUAUGCUAUCUGGAUGGCCGACUUAGAUCCAGCAUCGUCUACUUGCAUCAUCGAUAUCUAUUUUACAGCUUCCACGGACUCAUCUGCACAUCAGUCUCUUCUGCAAAUCCAACAUACGCUUAUAAGACAUCAUAUGUCAGAUUCAGUCAGAAAGAAAGAGCUCUCAAAAUAACCACUGGUUAUAGUCAUGGAUGCUUACCUCACAUUAUCAUAGCGGUUCUCCUGGGCCGGCACCUCCUUGCAGCUUCCCUGGCACCUGUUCAACGUGAACUUCUCCUUUGAGUGAACCUCCAACGUCUCCUCCACCUGCUGGACACAAAAUGAAACGAGCAGCACCAGUGCCUCAAGCUGGUACCCAUGGUCGUGAGAGUUCUAGUAGCUAUUUUCACUGUAAGAUUUUACGGUUCGAGAGAUCGAACACGUUCUGAACUAGGUUCGGAACUGUUCACUCAAUUGUACCUCACUGCUUUGUACUACCAUUAAUUCAAUGCAUCACAUUGUUAUAUCCGAA